AAAAAUUCUGCCGUCUGGAGGAUUAUGACUGACCGAGUGAGAGACUUUUUGCAAAAUCGGCCCCAGAAUCAUCUCCGUCUGUGGUAGUGGGAUACGAUGCCAGUCACUGACUUGCUGGUCACCUCGUAAAACCGCCCUUCGCUCUUGGAUGCUCGUUUACUUUCGUUUGCUCGCUAGCUACGACACUCCUUUUCUUUCCCUCACAUGUCCCAGUGACAGUACUAUGGUUCCCAGUCCUCAAUUGCCACAGUCGUCCUCCUCGCCAUGACCUCGCUCACCCUCUCCAACGGUCUACACACCGAGGUCCCGCUCGUCAAUGGGGUGAAUGGCACUCGCACACCAAGAUCUCGUCCUAUUAAUGUCUUGAAGUUUGGCGGAACUAGUGUUGGGAAAUUCCCUUUGGAUAUUGUCAACGUCGUCAAAUCCUGUUCCUCUGGCACCGAUGUUGCAAUAGUCUGCUCAGCAAGAUCUAGCAGCACUAAAGCUGCGGGCACGACGAACCGUCUAUUACGAGCGGCCACCGAGGCAGAGAACCACCGAUCCCAAGAUUUUAAACGUUUAAUCGAAGAUGUCCGGCUCGAUCACCUAGGGGCUGCUGAAACCUACAUACAGUCCGAGAAAAUAAAGUCGCAGUUAAAGGCACAAUUUGAAGAUGAGUGUUCGUUGGUGGAGCGGAUAUUGGAGGCUGCCCAGACUCUGGGCGAGACGAGUCCCAGAUCCAGAGACAAGGUCAUGAGCACGGGAGAGAAGCUCAGCUGUCGUUUUAUGGCAGCCCUGCUCCGGGACCGAGGUAUCGACGCGGAAUACGUCGACCUGGCAGACGUGAUAGACUUCAGAGUCUCUCAUAGUCUGGAUCAGCAGUUCUACGACAACAUGGCAUCCAGGUUGGCAGAACGGCUCCAGGAUAUCCCUACGGGCAUCGUACCCGUAAUCACAGGAUACUUUGGAACCAUUCCCAGAGGUCUGUUGACCACGGUUGGUCGAGGAUAUACAGACUUGUGCGCCGCCCUGGUUGCCGUCGGCAUCGGAGCGAACGAGCUACAAAUAUGGAAAGAAGUGGACGGUAUAUUUACGGCCGAUCCGCGCAAAGUGCCAACGGCAACGUUGAUUCCUCGGAUCAGCCCAGCAGAAGCUGCUGAACUCACCUUUUACGGGUCCGAGGUCAUACAUCCUUCCACCAUGGACCAGGUCAUCCGAGCACGGAUACCCAUACGUAUCAAAAAUGUGAUGAAUCCACGAGGAGAGGGUACCAUCAUCUAUCCAGAUUCUCCGUCAGAGUUGGCCUCGACGCUGGCCGGACACGACCCCAAGCUUUUCCGAUCGAGGAGCCCCAGCCAGCUCACGGAGGGUGAGAAGCCGAAGCGACCGACGGCCAUUACCAUGAAGCACAAGAUCUUGGUCAUGAACAUUCAUUCCAAUAAACGAGCACUAUCGCACGGGUUUUUUGCUGGAAUCUUUGCAACCCUCGACAAGUGGCGGCUGUCGGUCGAUGUUAUUUCCACCAGCGAGGUGAAUAUGUCCAUGGCCUUGCAUUCGGAAGCGCCUCUCUACACCGGAGGAGGCGAUGACGAAUACCAGAUCGUGGACCACGACCUCCGGGGGGCCAUCGAGGAAUUGCAAAAUUUUGGCACUGUGGACAUUAUUCCCGAAAUGGCAAUUGUCAGCCUGGUGGGCAAGCAGAUGAAGAACAUGAUCGGCAUUGCUGGGAAGAUGUUCUCGACACUCGGUUCAAAUAAUGUCAACAUCGAAAUGAUCUCGCAAGGAGCUAGUGAGAUCAACAUCUCUUGUGUGAUUGCGGAACGCGAUGCCGAUCGAGCUUUAAACAUCUUGCACACCAACUUGUUUACGUUUCUCGAACCCUGAUUGUGCAUUUUGAGCGAUUGAACAGCAUCUAAUACUAUUUACCGGAGUUUUGCAUAGAAAAAAGAGGGGGGGCACUAGUGGUAUCAAAAAGGAAAGCAUCCGCAACCCGGGGUUGGACACUAAAAUGGGAGGCACUUUCGAAGAGUCUUGAGAUUUGGACAUUCAGCUGGCAUCUUGGGGGCCCACAGUGGCGGUUAUAUUCGGAGAUGUCACGGACAAUGUCGACGACAGCAAUGGAGUAGAUGAAAUGAUUUCAACAGGGGACAUGAUCACCCACCACAAGCCACCGCCAUGACAGAUGUCAAUCAAAACAAAAGAUCCAACAUCUCCCCCAACAUGACAUCAAUCCAGGCGGGGGGGUUGUCACUGUGGUAGAGUUAAAAUGAGCAAUGCUAGACCGAUGAACGAUGAACAGCUAUAGCCUCGGUAUUGACUACCCGAAGACUAAAGUCCUGUCGUACUAUUAUCACCUAGAGAAGCAAGCAAAAAGG